AGGAUUAUGCUGCUGUUGCCUCAGAAACUUAGUCACCAGUGGAAAGAGAGCACAGAGAGGGGUGGGGAGUCCACGCAGAGAGUAGAAACAGACAGGCAGGCGAUACUACUGAAACAACCCUUCACACACACACAGCACCAGCUAUUUUUUUCUUUUUUCUUUUUUUUCUUUAGGCUGACACAGAUUUUUUUUUGAAAACCUGCCACCAUGUGGCAUCCUUUGAUUAUCGGCAUCAUGACAGUAAACACCUCUCUAACCGUCUUCUACUGGGCCUUCAUCCUGGGCGACGCUUACUACAAGUGGCUGAUGGAGCCAGAAGACAAGCCCAAGAAGGUGGUCACCCCAGCUUGAGGGAGCCAAUAUGGAUCUACCUGAAUGAGUGACUGGAUGUUAUUUGCUUAGGAAUAGUCUGCUCAGCUUGUAGUGCUUACAGUGAAUUUCUGCUUCUUUUUUAUGUAUUGAUUUUUUUUUACCUGGAAAAGCCUUGGAUUCCCAUUUUGAACUGAAAAAUAACCUAAAGCAAUCUGCAAGUUGAUGAGACGAAUCAUUCUUACAGACUGGAUAUUUGGCCCCAAACCAGUGGAGGAUGAUUCAGAGGGAGGAGAUGCAGAAAUAGAGGAAGAGAGGCGACUCAGCGUUUCCAGCAAGCUGGUGGAGGAAGAUGAGAUCAGAAUGGAGGAAGAAAAAGAAGGCCAGCUGCCUGGUUUCCACCAGGGAGACGCAGGCCGCUGUCGUCCAUCCACCCCUCCCCUGAGAAGCGCCAUUGCUUCGUCAUACCCUGGAGAAAAAAGGAUUUCCACACAUAGUGUGACCUUCGCCUGCCCCGUAUCCCCUUACGUCACUUCCCUUUGAGUUUUUUCAUCGCAGCAGUUUUUAUUACGUCUUAAUCACAGUGCAGUGAUCAGUGAUGUCCUCGCUGUAGUGAUGCGGAGGCUGAGGCACUUUUGUUUUAUGCUGGUGUUAUAGUUAGCGCGCAAAAAACGUACAAGAAAAUGUUGUUAGUAAGCACGAUCCAUACUGUCAGUCUGUUUCUAUUGGACCAUCCUGACAUUCGUUGUCCAGUUUCUCGUGGUAAAAACUGUAAACAAAUUAAGUUUCAAGUAAAAAUAUCAGUUAUGUUAAUAACUUAACUUUACAUCUAAAAAUGUUCAUUGAAUACACACUGUGUCCAGUUCGUCCACAAGGCUAGACAGAAAGUGUUGUGAAAUUGCAAAAAGACCUGUCAUGUUACAUGUGCUUGUUAUGUGUUUCUGAAGAAAACACACAUCACUUCUCCUGGUGUUGGACUAAGCUUCUCCCCAAUAAACAACUCAAUAAUACAC